AUGACCCAAGCCCAUGAUCCAGUCGAUGCCCCUCAGCCCUCCCUGGACCCCGGGAGAGGCCCCAGCGGGUCCAGCAGAACAUUCUCCUUUGCCCAGCAGCCCGGAGACCUCUUCCCCUGCAGGCGGGGCAAAGCAAGGCAGAGUCCUGGCCCCGCCCCUCGCCGCCGGGCCCCGCCCCCUCGGCGCCUGCUCCUGGUGAUACCUGGAUCCCUGCUCCCUCGGCCCCGCCCACCUGCCCCCCCACCUCCCCCCUCAGGCUUUGCAGGGGAUGACGGGCACCUGGCAGGCAGAGCCAGGUGCCGCUGGGCACUGCAGGCCACACCGGGCUUCAGAAUGCUCCGAUGCUUGCAGGAAAACCCUCCACGAGCCCCUCCCGACGAAGGCCCGGGAAGCCCCCACCUGGGGGCAGCUUCCCAGGAGGGACUGGACCUGAAGUCAGCCCGCAGUCCUGGCCAAGGGUCUGACCCUGGGGCUCCCCACCUGCUCCUUCCCUUCCUGCUGACCGGGCACCGUGGACACUCUGAGGACGGGAAAGUGGCACCAAGAACUCAGGGCCAGGGCAGUGGACGAGACGGGGAGCCUGUGCCCGAGGGGGAGACGGGGGCUGUGAACCUGACUGGUGUGGACACGGGGAGCCCGGAGGAGGAAGGCGUCCCUUCAGGUCCCUCCUCCACGAAGCCCGGCUCCAUCCAGCCGCUGCUCCAACAGGCCUCCGCUGAGCACUCAGCCACCUGCAGGACUGCCGAAGCAGCACCUGGCCGGCUACCAAACGCUUCCACUGCCCAGGGAAGGACAGACAGACCCCGCCGCGUCUACGCAGCUCGCAGUCACCGGGAUCCGCGCAGGAGGCACCGGGAUCCGCGCAGGAGGCGCCGCAACGCGCGGUUCGCCCAAGGGCGCUCCCACGUCCCCGCUUUCCGGCCUCCGGAGCGUCGGUGCAGCCGAGGCCGCGCACCCGCUCCCGCCGGCGGCCCCACUUGGCCCAGCAUCCCGGAGGCUGCCCCGUGCAAGCGCGGCCGCCGCGGGGAGGGGGCGCCCCGGACCGGGGGCUCCACACCGCGAGAGGGUGUGGGUCGGCGCCCCUGCCCUUCCCGCGUCCGGCGCCGGCUCAGUGCCCGGCGCAGAGUCGCACGCCAGGAGUUUGCGGAGGGGGCGCACGGAGGGGGCGCGGAGCGGCCGCCCCCGCGCCGGACCCCCGGGCCGGGGAUCCCCCCGCCCCCGCCCCCGCCCCCGCCCCCGCCCCCGCCCCUCCCAAGGCGCCCACCUGGCGGCGGGGCGGCGCGCCCCAGGGCGGCGAGUGCGCGCGCGCGGCCGGCGCGCUGUCCCUUUAAACGGCCCGCGGCGCCUCCCCCGCGCGCCCCGCCCGCCGCGGUGCGGCCCGGUGCUGGGCGCGGCCGGAGAAAGUCCAUGCCGGACCGGGCCGGCGCCCGCAGGUACCCCAACUUCGCGCCGCCCGCGGGUCCCACCGCCGCACUUCCCGCGAACUCCGCGGCGCGCCCGCCCUCGCCUGCCGCAGUGCCCAAGUUCGCGCCGCGCGCCGCCCGCGGAGCUGGCCGGCGGCGCCCGGGCCUGGGGAGGCGCUCGCCCGGGCCGGGCCGCGCCCCGCCCCGCCGAGCGGAGACCCGGGCUCCGGGCGUCUCCUCUCCUGCCGGGUUUCUCGGGGCGCUCGGGACACUCGGUCUCCCCCGACCGGACGGACGGAGCCCAGCCCUCUGGGGUGGGGAACCCGCGCUUGCUCGGCCUGGGGACACGGCCCCGGGGACACGCCCCUCCCUCCCGGGCCGUCCGAGGGAGGGACCUGUUGGGCACCGAGCCAUGUGUCCCUUGGCUUUUGCCCUGAUGACAAAGGACGCGGUUCUCCUGGUCUCGGCACAGGUGCUUCUCAGCACUCCGUGCGGGGUGUUGUCUAAGCCCCCCACAGACCCCAGGAGAGGAAUGCAGAGCCAGGUAUGGGCUGCACCGGACACGGACUCCCUCCAGACCCCGGGCCUCCCGGUGCCAUCCACGGCACUCGCCAUCAGGUCUGCAGAGAGCACUGCCCAGCCCGUCCACCUUCUGGACCCUGCCCAGGCCUCUCCGAAUGCCUCAUUUGCAUCCAGCACGCUUUCCCAGGCACCCCCUUGGUCCUCCCCGAGGGAAAGGAGAGGCUGGCUCUGGGUCUCUCUGAAGGAAUCUUACCCCUCCCCCUUGGCCCUGGGCCCUGGCAUCCAGGAGGGCACAUGGCCAUGGAUGGGCCGGGAGCUCCUGGGCCCCGCCCCGUGUCUGCCCGUGUGCCUGGGAAGCAGCAGGGCCGGGGGCGGGGACCGCAGGGGCCUGAAAGCCCAGGGCUGGCUGGCCCCCAGGCCCAGCAUCAGGCCCAGCCCCCAGGUCCUCGAGGGCGGGCUGGCCCUGGAUGGCUGGCGUUUUCUGGAAGAGGGCCUCCCUCCCUCCGCCUCCUGGACGCUGCCUGGAGUCCAGCUAGUGGGGAAGGGGCAGGGCCUGCCCGCGCUGCCGGUGGUCUUUGCAGGAAGUCCUGGCGUCGGUCCUCUCUGCAUCCGUGUGGGUGACCGGCCGCCCCGUCCACGCAGGCCCUGCCCCUGCUGCUCCCCCAGGGGGACCGAGUGUGGCCGUGUGCUCAGACCUGUGUCCACGCCAGGACCGGCUCACCCGUGGCGGGAGGGUGUGCCGUGGCCGCAGUCGGGCUGUGGGUGUGCAGGGGUCAGGGAUGAGCUCGCCUUCCUGGGCUGGGUCCCCGAGUCCAGGUGCUGGAUCUGGGCGGUGCCCCUGCUGGGACGCACCCCUGGCCCGGGUGAGGCCCGGGCAGUGUGGGGCGCGGGGAUGGCCCGGGCGGCCUGGGUCUCGCCAGCCCCCGUGCCGCAGUGA